GAUCGAAACACGCAUAAACGCUUAAAGGGGUUUUGGCGGAGAGGAGAGGAGAGGAGAAAACAAAUCCAUCAAAAGCCAGAUCCGAUCAAAGAAUAUCUGUCCAUAAAUCGAGGAGAAUGUCUUCUUCAACCUUCAGUGGCGAUGAAACGGCACCGUUCUUCGGGUUCCUCGGCGCCGCCGCGGCCCUCGUCUUCUCCUGUAUGGGAGCUGCAUAUGGGACGGCGAAGAGCGGAGUAGGAGUGGCGUCGAUGGGAGUGAUGAGGCCGGAGCUGGUGAUGAAGUCGAUCGUGCCGGUAGUUAUGGCGGGAGUGUUGGGUAUUUACGGGCUCAUUAUCGCCGUCAUCAUCAGUACCGGUAUCAACCCCAAGGCUAAGUCCUAUUACCUUUUCGAUGGCUAUGCUCAUCUUUCCUCUGGUCUAGCUUGCGGCCUUGCCGGUCUAUCUGCCGGUAUGGCUAUUGGCAUUGUCGGUGAUGCCGGUGUUAGAGCCAAUGCACAACAGCCAAAGCUUUUCGUUGGGAUGAUCCUCAUUCUCAUUUUUGCUGAAGCACUGGCACUGUACGGUCUGAUUGUUGGUAUCAUUCUCUCUUCCCGAUCGGGUCAGUCAAGAGCUGACUAGAAGGUGUGCUUGGUGGCGUUUUCAGUUGCUGCUAUUUAUCAAGAACUACUUUACUGUUUUGGUUAGAAGUUAUAGUUUUGUUUCGAAGGUGCGAUGCAGCAGAUUCAUGUAUGAUGUGAUUGAUGUUGUGUUCUACCAGGUGGAUUGUGGUAGUAUUUAUGUGCCAAAGGUGUUAGAAAUAGAAUUAGCUAUUAGUUUUACUUCCGAAUAAGUUUGCGUUGUGUUUCACGAUCCCAUAUGCUGUAUUGAGAAAUCGAAUUAAACAUUUAUUUGUUCAAGUUUAUAUAGCCUGUAUCAUUGUGUUUGGUGCA